CAGCGUCGUCGAUCUUUGGCCGCACGCCCAGCCUCAGCACCAGCACGUCGUCCCUCCGCGGGGUUUUCGCCCCUCCUCUGCCGGGACACCAGCAGCGGGAUGCGGCCUGCGCCAUAAGGACAAACGCCGCUGUAGCCGGUUCUCUGUUCUUGUUCGUUAUGUCUUUGAGCCUGCUGCUCCUCUCGUCAUGCCCGCUGCCCAGCGAUCCCCGCCGCCGCCGCUGCUCGUCCUGCUGCCGUCGCUGCUGUUGAUUUUCGUGCCGGAUGGGGCGGUGAGAGCGGCGGAGGAGGGCGGCGGCCUGCCCGGGGACAAUGGCCUGAGCGCCGCGGCCGCCGCUGCCGCCACCUUCGCCCCCACAGCAGAACCUCAGUUCGCCCUGAAGGUCCUCAUGAAGGACCUGGUGACCCGUCAGCCACUGCCGGGGGCUUCAGUGGACGUUUAUGUGAACCACACCCUGAGGCACUCCGCCCGAACAGGGGAUACAGGUGAGGUUCUACUCUGGGUGGCGUACAGUCCAGAACUCACUCUUACCCUGCUGGGCAACAUGGAAGGCUACGUGCCCGGCCCCCUCCCAUGGAAGACCACUAAGAGACCAAUUUUUUCCGCUGUGACGUUGCUGUUGUUGCCUCACAGUCAGGGCAACAUCUGGCUGUUCGAAGACUCGGUACUCAUCACCGGGAAGAUACCUGACAGCAUGUCCCAGCCCAGAGUUAAAUUUCCGAAGAACCUCCUGACGAUCUCCACUAAGACAAACAUCUCCUCAGUGAAAGCUUACCUGACUCUACCACAGCACCACCUAGCGAAGGACUGUUCAAACUGCACCCCGGGCAUCAUCAGCAACAAAUCAGUGUUCAGAAGCGUCGACUUGAAGGUGAUCGCAGCUGUUUAUGUCCUGUUGUAUUCUGCUGAUGAGGAACUUGAUGUUCGUGGACCCAUCCAAAUCAGCUUGCCAUUGGAACGCAGCACCCGUCUCAGGGACGCGGAUACAGUGCCAGCCUGGGCCUUCAACUUUAAGACUGGUGCUUGGGAGAAUCAGGGUCUAGGGAUUGUGAAAACAGCUGGUGAUGAACUGGUUUGGACAUACACAGCUUCUCAUCUGGGCUACUGGAUUGCCGCUCCUGUGCCGACAUCCAACGGUUACUUGGUCCAUGCGGGCUCUGUGGACUUCCUCUCGUACCACACCUACCUGCUGCUGGGAAUAAUGGCCGGAACGCUGGCUGUAGCCAUUGGAUUUCUUUCUGUCCUGCUGUGUCACUGCCGCAGGGGUUCUUACCGAGAGCCAAGAAGGAGAAGAGCACAUUUUUCCAAACUCACAGUGGUGAAAAAAGACCAAACCACCUCCACCCACAUGGAAGAGGGUUUGUUAUUCCAUUCUGGAGACCACAGCCUCGCUUCCUGCAGUGUCCAGUGUGAGCCGAUGUCCACGCCAAGGCACAAAGCCAACUAUAACAUCUACGUAGACGAGCCAGGGAGCCGUCCAGCGGCUCCUCUUUAUGAGAAUAUCGCUGCAGAUCGGAUCAAAGGUCCUCAACCACCACCACACUACAUCAACAGUGAAGAGGUGAAUCGGCUUCGGGAGAAGUCUGAACAAAACCGAGUCAACAUUAAUUCUGACAGCUUCUUUCAAGAUAAGCUGGUUCAUAUCUACAACCAGCCUAAGGCUGUCAUUCAGGCUUCAGAGCUUUUCAGUGCUCAGGAACAGCAACUGCCAAGCUGCAAGUCUGCUACCUUUCCCCGCAAUGGACUGGACUAUGAUUCUCACUCAGAGCCGAAUAGUAAAGACAGCUACACCCAGACACUACCCAAAGUCCAUCAUUCCCAAAGUGGAAACAGCCCACCACAAAGCAGGCAAGAUGAGCCCCAACCUCUGGAGACCCCUCCCCAAAGCCAAGGGCCAAAUUCUGGUGUGUGGGGUCGUUACAAUAACCUCCUUGAAUCCUCCGUCUCUGUGCCCGGGACUCUGAAUGAGGCUGCUGGCAUGGAGGCCUUCAGCACGGGACAUGGUGUUCCCGGAGAGCUACAAGGGAUUUCAGAGCGCACUUUGCUGGAGCUCACUCGUGGCAAGUCUUCAUCAUCUCACCCCAGGGCUUGGUUUGUCUCCUUAGAUGGGAAGCCGGCCGCCCAGGUACGCCACUCCAUCAUUGAUCUCCAAAGCCGCCACCGGCCGCCCAGCAGCAAUGACACCAGCCUGGAUUCUGGUGUGGACAUGAAUGAGCCUCAGCAGAACAUCCGCGAGGCAGAACGUGACAGGCCUGCAAUCAGGGCCUCGUCCUUUCCGCACCACAGCCGAAGUGGGCGGUACGGUGAAGAGCAGGACCUGAGCAGCAGUGAGAGUGGUACUACAGCCACUUGUACACCAGAGGACCCUUCCCUGAGGAACAUUUUGGACGGAAGCAGUGGGGCUAUCCCCAACAUUCCAGAGGAACGAGAUGGAAUGGAUACUUCUAGUGCUCAAGAAGACAGCGAGUCAAGAGGUACGCCACCUCCCCGACGUCUAAGGAAGGUGAGGGAGAAAGGGAAGGCGGACAAACGAAGUGGUAAGCACGUGCGCGAGGGAAGACCUCUGGCCAAGCAAAGUUAAGAGCGUGGCUCGUUGUAGAUGUCAAGAGAAAUACUCUUGAUCUGCCAUUUUCAUUUACAUUGAGGAUUUUGUUGGAUUUUGGUUUUUGCUGUGCCACUUACCCCUGCAGAUGAUCCAAAUUAGUUACUUGUGCUCACACAGGCAUUGUUGUUGCAUUAUAUGAUUGUACAACUUUGCCAAAGAAUGUUUGCAAAAAUAGCAGAAUCUUUCACGUUUUGUAGCUGCUGCAGAUGUUUGUGCACCAUGUUCUCCUCAGUCUGAAGAUCACCAGCGAUUCUUCACAGCAAUGUGUCUGUGUGAACACGACAUCCUGGAGCCCCUGGUGCCGGGGUUACUAAGGGUGCCUUCUGCCUGUGAUCACCAGGUACAACCGACACCGUAUUUGUCUCCACACACAAUAUUGCGAUGGUCUUGUCGAACGGACGCAGGUCCAGGUUGAUGUGUUGUGCACUUAUCCUCACCAUAAAUGCCUGCUGUAAAUUCAGACAUAUAAAAGCUUUCGCAGUUUGGAUUUCUGAAACCCAGCUUUUGAUCCUGAUCAGACUUUGUUAGUACAGUAUGUCAUUAUUGCAGUCAGCACUGUCGGUCACAAAAAUAUUCCAGUGUUUUAACUAAUGACGUGAAACGCGUCUUGAUACAGUUUUGAUUGAAAAUUUGGAUUGACGUUUCUACUCUUGACUGGACUUCAGUUGAUUUUGGAAUACAGCGCUUGUGUACAGAUGCCAGGUCGUUAAGACUCCAUGUGUUUUAGAAUGCAUGAAAAUGAGUGUUACCGUCUGUGCAUUUGAAAAGGAUUUUCAUAGGUCACCAAAA